AUGGAGCCGAUCGGAGGCUAUCGCGAGGAACCAGAGGGAAAGAACUCCUCUUACUCGCUGGCCUCGUCAAAGGACAACUUUCAUGAAGACAAUGAGUAUGAGCUCCCGCCAAGUUUCAGAGAGGAUUAUGAAAACGAAAAUGAACACAUGAUGAAUGAAUACAAGGAAGACAAGGCUCAAAAUAGAAACUCCCGCUCUGCUCCAGAUUUGCUUGAUUUAGAAUACUCUCCUUCUCGUUUUGACUCGCUUAGACAUGCUCAGUCGGAUGAUAAGGGCAUAUACGAUGAGUACUACGGAAGUCAUCACCGAACAGCAUCGCCUGUCUAUGACGAACCCAGUGAUAUGAAUUACGGCGAUUCCGAUUUCCACCAUACUGGCACAUACACCAAUUCGGACGACAAAUUCAACGUUGCGUAUGAAAAGGGCCUCGAUGCCGAUACCCUAGCAAAAUCAAGCAGAUUCAACACGAAUUCUGAAAACUAUCAGAUAUAUGAGAGCAGUCAGGGUUAUCAGCAAUUUGAGCCCAAGAGUGCUGCCGAUGCAACGAUGCCACCACCAGUCCAACUCACCAAACGCUUUCAAGAGCCUAUCAAUUACGACUCAACCUUGGAAAUGCCUUCCCCUCCAUCGUCGCCAUUAAAGCAAUACAACUAUUCAAAUCAAAAUGGUGGCACUCCGUUUAAUGAAACAUCCAAUUUUCCUCACAUUCGAUUUUACCAAAAUAAGCGAUUUGAAUAUUCACGCUACUCGACUGAACAGAAAUCUAAAAAGACUAUGGAGACGGACUCGACUGAAAAGUCGCGAAAUAACUCAAUUGGAUUCCAGGGCGGCCUGCAAGAACUGCCACUGGCGAAGUAUUCAAACGGGCGGCAAAUACCCCCGACAGAGGACUCAUUUGAUAGUAGCAAGUGGCACCGGCAUCAGAAUCAAUUCAACCUCAGCAAUGCAGGCAUGGGAAUAAACGGACGCCGCCGAACAACAAAUUACGCACCUCAAAGCAAUGAAUUAGCUCAUCGAUUAUCGGGUCGUGUCCGUCGACAAGCAACAAUGACCUCUUCGACAUUUUCUGAACCUCAACUUGAAUCUCUUCUGGCUGGUCUCAACUCCUCAGAAGCCGAGUCGCUCACGAGGACAUCUGCGCUCAUACAGCAUAUAUCAUUCCGAGACUCGACUGCAAAGAAUUCUUUGCGCAAACUUGGCGCAAUCUCCAAACUUGUUACAUUGCUUGAUAACCCACUUCCUGAAGUUCAAAGAGCUGCGAUAAAAGCAAUCAAGAAUAUAAUUUUCACGAAUGAGCCUGCUAAACUUGACAUGCGUAGAUGUGGAGGUCUUGACGCUGUUGUACGUAUUCUGAAAACAACCCCUGAUCCGGGCUUACGAAGUCUUUCUUCAGCAGUCAUAUGGAACCUAUCGUCAUGCGACUCCCUAAAACAAACACUUAUUCAUGAGGCAAUACAGAUUUUGGCCAAACUCUCUGUUCGCUCUGAGCCCCUUGUUUUCACCAAUGCGACUGGAUCUCUCAGAAAUCUAAGUUCCGCCGGUGCUGCUGUAAGAAAGAAGCUCAGAUCGUUUCGGGGUUUCAUAAGUGCUAUUCUUGAAGUGAUCCAUGAUGCCACAACGUGCACCGAAAAGGCGAACAGUAAAUCAACGGAAAACGCCGUCUGUAUUUUGAGGAACUUAUCUUACAGGCUCGGCGCAGAAGUUCCUGACCUCGCUAAUGAACAUGACGAAACUUUAUCAACAGACUCUGAACUUUUUGACUGCUUUGGACGCCUGAAGAAAAAGUCUCAUCUUCUUCACAACAGCCCGAAUGAUAUUAUGAACAAAGGACUUCGUCUUAACACAAAGCCUACUGAAAUGGACUCAUUAUAUCAACCUUCGCUUAUACGCACUUAUCUACAACUUAUGAUGGAGACGACUAACUCUGACACACUCGAAGGUCUUGCAGGCGCCAUUCAAAACUUGACUGCUGGUCAAUGGCGUUUUGCCGCAAGCCUUCGAGAGACUGUCCGCGCUGAGAAAGGACUACCUGUCAUUGUCGACCUUCUCAAAUAUGAACAUGAUGGAGUGUCCGUGGCGGCAUGCGGCGCACUACGAAAUUUGGCACUGGACCCAAGAAAUUGCUCAAUGCUGGGCGAAUAUGCGAUGGAAGAUAUUGCUAACAAGCUUCCAUUACCAGGCGAAACGCCAGUCACCCCAGGACCUGCUGCAAUUUACUCAAUUUGUGCGGUUUUACUUCAGCUAGUACAUUCGGAUCGUCUUAAUGCACAAAAGUUGUCUGAACAUGGCGGCAUCGAACCACUUGUUUCCAUUUCUCGAUCUGUUCGAUAUCCUCCGUCCUGCUCAAAAGCGGCAGCAACAGUGCUUGGAGCAAUGUGGAAGCAUAGAAGCCUCCGAACGUGCUACAGAAAAGACGGGUGGAGCGCUUCGCACUUUGCCCCUCGAACUGAGAAGCAGCCAUUGUCUCUUUCCGAACAUCCUCGAACCUGGCUCAUGCGAUCUAUAAGAUCAAUCUCGUCCUCGAGACGCUCUUCAAUGCUCGAUUUGGAAACCACAAGAAACGCCACGAGUUCGAGUAGGGCUAUGUUGAGGCUCAACAGGUCUGAAUCCGGAUAUCGCUACUCUUACACAAAUAGUCGCAAGCUAUUAGAUCCUCCAUCAGACGCCACUUUCUUGACGACAUCUGAUCGAAACGACGGAUCCAAACUCGAUACACAAAAUUACCGAUCCGCAGAUUCCUGGGUCUGA